CCGAGAUACAUAAUAGCAUGUCCCUGUGCCUUCCGGACCGAACAUUGAUCCAUCACAGGCAUCUUCAAAUAGCAAUAUGCCGACCAGAAUCCCCAAGCCCGAGGAUUUCAAUCACUUAUCGCCCUCGCUACAUAUUUCACUAAUCUUCCCCGAAAUCCCAGAGACGACAACGGCUAUCCUUAUCCUCUUUCACGGCCUCGGUGAUUCGGAAGCAUCAUUCGCUUCAUUUGCGAAGAGCAUCAAUUUACCAGGUGUUCUCGCUAUUUCUGUCCGUGGUGUCUCUCCGAUACCACCUGCCUUACUUGGCUCUGAAGCAAGCGGCCCGCCUAGAAAUUUCCACUGGGGAGAUGAUUUGACUUUAUCCCCGUCAACGGGAGACCUAGACACGGAUCCGGGUUUCUCAAAGGCCGAGGGUCUAGUACUCGGGAAACUUAUCCGCGAGACUUUGAUUGAAAAAUGCGGCUGGGAUACGGACGACAUCGUACUAUUUGGCUUCGGGCAAGGUGGUUCUUUAGCACUCGGUUUAUCAUCGAAAAUUCGUCAGGGUGAAAGAGUUGUAGAUGUUACCGAGGGAAAUGGAGCCGCUUCUACAACUUUUAAGGGCGUAGUGACAAUCGGUGGUCCUUUGCCUACAAGCAUGAUACCCACGAUAAGUGCGAGAGGGAAGUCUCGAACACCGAUCUUAGCAUGCCAUGGUAGAUCAAGCGAAAAUCUUGAUGAAGAUGCGAUGGAUCUCCUAAGGAAAGAAUUUGCCUUCAUACGAGAAGUCAAGUGGAACAAGAGUAACGACGAUAUGCCCAGAAACAAGGACGAGAUGGUACCGAUCAUGCGAUUCUUUGCCGAAAAAAUACGCGGGUAGUAAGAUACGACUCGAAACUAUUAGUAGAAGUAGGCUCUUAAUUAUAUACAUGGGGUCAUUGUGAUUCUUAGGGUCGUUGAGUACUAUCAUUAUAAGCUUAGCAAUGAACCCCUGACAUGCUAGAGAUCUACAGCCUAAAAAGCAUCUGUAACUAAAAUAACAUGAAAAUA